UCACAUUACCUUUGCCUGCCCUCUUUUCCGUCGUUUCUCCACACGUUUCCAGACUAAACGAUCUUUUCUCGUCAGGAUGGACGUUGAAACUUGAAAAGUGUUCAAAUCCGAACGAUAGGAAGAUGAUUAAGGUCGCAUGACUGCGUCAACGAUGACGUUUGGAACGUACAAGGUUACAUGACCAACUACGGCCCCGUUGAUGGUCUACAACUUCCUCCGGAAUUCGAUAAAUUUAAGAUAUCCGCGGCUGCACAAUCUUUGUUGAGCCAUCACAAACGACACAUGUGCGGCUUUUGUAAGAAGGUCUUUCCUUUGAAGAACUUGUUGAGAAGGCACGUGCAAUUUGGCUGCAAGAUGAAUCCCAGAAAUUCACAAUUCGCUUGUUCGUUCUGUCCGUACAAGAGCACCUACAAAGCGAACAUGGAAAGGCACGUGCGAAAUGUUCACGAUACCGGCGUGCUGAAAUUUCGUUGCGAUCUGUGCAACUUCCGUAGCAAUUAUUCAUUUUGCGUGAGAAGGCAUAUGAAGACUUUCCAUCGCACGGUCGACUCGAACGAAACGAGGAAAUAGUCGUCGACUGUCUGUGACUACUUCUGUCUCUUAUCAUGGUAUCUUCUAUUCAGAAAAUCGGCUACAGCCGAUUUGGCAGCCGUAGACUAUAUUGUAUCAUGAGAGAAUAAAAUUGCCAGUGGUUACAGGAUCCAUACGAAAGACGUAGUACUUCGCACGUAUAUAAUAAUAUUAUUUCAUAAGCAAAAGUAUUUGUAACUGUAACGAAAACCGGUUUUAAUCGUACGCGUGUCGUUCAGAGAGUUUUUGUGAUUUUGUAAAAAAAAAGUCAGUAUUACAGGUGAAGCAGAUAUUAUCGUUUGAAUUCUCCAUUUAAUCUGACGAUUACACAAUCGUGGUCAUUGUCGUUGUAUUUAUAUAAAAAGCGAAUAAUACGACAAGCGCGUAUAAUUAAUCAACGUAUAUUACUGAACCGUUAGGCUCUUGUAUAUUUUUUCGCUUUGCGUUCGUUAAAAAAUUUCUUCUUUCGAGAAAGAGUUACACAUUCGAUUCAAGUUAAAUACGAUCGAUGUAUCAUAAAUUCCGAACAAAUUAAUUUUUAUUAAUACUAUAUGCAUUUGAUCGUUCUUCAGUAUAUCGUCAUCCAAAUUCGAUAAUAUUGUAAACGUCGCUGUUUUACCAAAAUAAAUAACAAAUGCUCAGGUUGCUUGUUAACUCGAGAAUGAAAUAAAUUAUUCAAUAGAUUUUACCACCA